GUAUUCUCCAUUGCGUUAAACCCCUCCAUUCAUUAUUUACGUUAAGUUCAAAGAAAUGGCUGAUCGUGUGAUCACUCGCGUCCACAGUCUCCGUGAGCGUUUGGAUGAGACCCUUCUUGCUCACAGGAACGAGAUUUUGGCCUUGCUCUCAAGGAUCGAGGGCAAAGGAAAAGGAAUUCUGCAACACCAUCAAAUUAUUCUAGAGUUUGAAGCUAUCCCUGAAGAGAACAGAAAGAAGCUCGCUAAUGGUGCAUUUUUUGAAGUAUUGAAGGCUAGUCAGGAAGCGAUCGUGUUGCCUCCAUGGGUUGCACUUGCUGUUCGUCCAAGGCCUGGUGUUUGGGAGUACAUUAGAGUGAAUGUUCACGCCCUUGUUGUUGAGGAACUCACUGUUGCUGAGUAUCUCCACUUCAAGGAAGAGCUUGUUGAUGGAAGUUCAAAUGGAAACUUUGUUUUGGAAUUGGAUUUUGAGCCCUUCAACUCAUCAUUCCCCCGCCCAACUCUUUCAAAAUCCAUUGGUAAUGGUGUGGAGUUCCUAAAUCGUCACCUUUCGGCAAAAUUGUUCCAUGACAAGGAGAGCAUGCACCCUUUGCUCGAAUUCCUCAGAGUCCAUUGUCACAAGGGCAAGAACAUGAUGUUGAAUGACAGAAUUCAGAACUUGAAUGCUCUUCAACAUGUUUUGAGGAAAGCAGAGGAGUAUCUUGGUACCCUACCUCCUGAGACACCAUGUGCUGAAUUCGAACACCGGUUCCAGGAAAUCGGUUUGGAAAGAGGUUGGGGUGACACCGCAGAACGCGUGCUCGAGAUGAUCCAACUCCUUUUGGAUCUUCUUGAGGCACCUGAUCCUUGCACCCUUGAGAAGUUCCUUGGGAGAAUCCCCAUGGUGUUCAAUGUUGUGAUUCUCACUCCCCACGGAUACUUCGCUCAAGACAAUGUUUUGGGGUAUCCCGACACCGGUGGCCAGGUUGUUUACAUCUUGGAUCAAGUCCGAGCUUUGGAGAAUGAGAUGCUCCUCCGUAUAAAGCAACAAGGACUCAACAUCACCCCUCGAAUCCUCAUUAUUUCUAGACUUCUUCCUGAUGCUGUCGGAACAACAUGCGGUCAACGACUUGAGAAAGUAUACGGAACAGAGCACUCGGAUAUUCUUCGAGUACCCUUCAGAACAGAAAAGGGAAUUGUUCGUAAAUGGAUCUCAAGAUUUGAAGUCUGGCCAUACUUGGAAACCUACACAGAGGAUGUUGCUCAUGAAAUCUCCAAAGAGUUGCAAGGCAAGCCAGAUCUGAUCAUCGGAAACUACAGCGACGGCAAUAUCGUCGCCUCCUUGCUCGCACAUAAAUUAGGUGUCACACAGUGCACCAUCGCCCAUGCUUUGGAGAAGACAAAAUAUCCAGAUUCAGAUAUCUAUUGGAAGAAGCUUGAAGACAAAUACCAUUUCUCUUGCCAAUUUACAGCUGAUCUUUUUGCAAUGAACCAUACAGAUUUCAUCAUCACCAGUACUUUCCAGGAAAUUGCAGGAAGCAAGGACACUGUUGGUCAAUACGAGAGCCACACUGCUUUCACUCUUCCUGGUCUCUACCGUGUUGUACAUGGUAUCGAUGUGUUUGAUCCCAAAUUCAACAUUGUUUCCCCUGGUGCUGAUAUGGAGAUAUACUUCCCUUACACCGAAGAGAAGCGGAGGUUGAAGCAUUUCCAUCCUGAGAUCGAAGACCUUCUUUACAGCAAAGUUGAGAAUGAAGAACACUUAUGUGUGCUCAAUGACCGCAACAAGCCAAUUCUGUUCACAAUGGCAAGGCUUGAUCGUGUCAAGAACUUAACCGGACUCGUCGAGUGGUACGGCAAGAACGCAAAGUUGCGUGAGUUGGCUAACCUCGUAGUUGUAGGUGGUGAUAGGCGAAAGGAAUCUAAAGAUUUGGAAGAGAAGGCUGAAAUGAAGAAAAUGUUUGAGCUGAUCGACAAGUACAACUUGAACGGCCAAUUCAGAUGGAUAUCAUCUCAAAUGAACAGAAUCCGAAAUGGUGAACUUUACCGAUACAUUUGCGACACGAAAGGUGCCUUUGUACAGCCUGCAUUGUAUGAAGCCUUUGGAUUGACAGUUGUGGAGGCAAUGACUUGCGGUUUGCCAACAUUCGCAACCUGUAACGGUGGACCAGCUGAGAUUAUUGUCCAUGGGAAAUCUGGUUUCAACAUUGAUCCUUACCAUGGUGAUCAAGCUGCUGACAUACUCGUCGAUUUCUUUGAAAAGUGUAAGAAAGAUCCAUCUCACUGGGAUAAGAUCUCCCAAGGAGGCUUGAAACGUAUAGAGGAGAAGUAUACAUGGAAGAUUUACUCGGAGAGACUAUUGACCCUGACAGGAGUGUAUGGAUUCUGGAAGCAUGUUUCCAACCUUGAACGCCGUGAGAGUCGUCGUUACCUUGAGAUGUUUUAUGCUCUUAAGUACCGUAAGCUGGCUGAAUCAGUUCCAUUGGCAGAGGAGUAAAUUGAAGCUGUUAAAUAACAUUGGGCCGGUUUUUCUUGGAGAAUAAUAUUCUGUUUUGUAAUUUCAAUUGGAGAAGCUCCUUUGUAUUUCAUCUUGUCUUUUCCUUUUCCUUUUUUCGCCGGCAUUGUUUGAACAUGGGGUUGUGCGCCCGUCAAUUCCAGUUAAAUAUGGUGACUUUUGUUUU